CGUCCGGAGCACAACCUCACCUCAGUGAGAUAACCGCUGGAUUCGAACCCUGUAAACCCGGAUCUCCUGCUUCUGAACUCUGGACAUUAUCAGUUUAUAGAAGAUGUCGGAGAACCCGCAGCAGGAGAUCGUGGCGGGAAGCACCCGCAGCAGAUCGAUGGUGGCUGAGAUGCUGGCGAAGAACUUCGAGAGGCUGCCGGACUCCGACAAGAAGCUCUUCCUGUACGGGCCCCUGUACCUGGGGGGGAACGGAGCUCUCGCAGGGCUGGUUUCCAACAGCCUGUACCGCAGAGCCCUGAACGUCGCCAAGGCGCCGGUCACCUCCGGCCUGCCCAUGGCCGUGCUGCCCUUCAUGACCACGGUGGCCCUGUACAACGCGGCGGUGUCCAGCCCCCUCCUGGCCGGCGACCUCAACUGUCCCAGCUGCGCCCUGAUCCGGGGAGCCCUGGUCGGCCUGGUGGGCGCCGGCCUGUACCCCAUCCUCCUGGCCCUACCCGUCAACUUCGGCCUCGCCACCCGGUACAACACGGCGCUCAUGCCGGAGAAGGGCAAUGUGUUCCGGUACUGGGUGGACCUGUCCCGGCCGAUCCUGAGGAGGAUGCGGCCGGUGCUGGUGCUGCAGGUCUUCUUCGGCACGUACCUCGGCUCCAGGCAUUUUGAGACGUACACCAAACUGGCCCAGAUCACAUUUGGUUCAGGUGCAGAGGAAAUGAAAGACUGAGACUUACUGAGCUCAACCUCCAGAGAAACACGAGCCUUUCAAUGACAGUUGUUCUGCCAGGAACCAAAUCAAUUGUGGACUUUCUAGUGUUGCUUGUAUGUAAAAACAAUAAAUGAACUGUACAAACUCA